AAUGAUGGCGACCGCAGCAGAGGAGAUCAAAGAGCCAGCACCGUUCCCCUGUUCUGUCCCCGACACGAGCCUGAGCUCCGUGUCCUUCAGAAUGAGACGGAAACACGAGGACAGACAGUGGAAGUUACGGUUUAUUUACCUGCAGUGCUAUUUCUUGACCAUUGCAACAAUAUUAGGAACAGGAAUCUUGGGUCUUCCAGUAACAAUAGCUCACGCUGGACUGGUGCCUUUCCUUUUCUCCUUCCUCCUUGGCUUUUUAGUACAGGCCCUGCUCAUCUACCUGUUUGUGGAACUUCUUCAGAAGUGUCUGGUGGUGCAGCUGGAGUCUCUGAAGACAGAUGUAGCGGAGUGUAUCGUGAUGGACCAGGUGAGCGUCCACGAUGUGUCUCUCACGGAGGACGAAGACGAGGGUGAAAAUGCGGAAGCAGAUACUGGUUUGCUGCAAGUGAAUGCUGUGCCUCUGCACAACCAGGAGGACGUCUUACAGCCCAACCUUCAUCUGAUCGGCCGUCUCUUCCUCUCACGACCCAUGAGCCACGCCUUCAACUGCGUCUUGCUCUUCCAGUUUAUUUCUAUUGGAAUCAGUUACGUCUUAGCUGGCAGUGAGGCCUUUGCUGCUCUUUUUAACAUCAGUCACAUCUAUGUGAUUCCGGCCUUCACCUGGAUUCUGACUCUUGCGAUCUUACUGGGCCACACGGUCAUUCAGCCCAUCACUUCCCUGCUCACACUUCUGAAAGGAAUCCUGCUGAUUGUCACGGUGGCUGUGACAUUCGCAGUGGGGUCAGAAGUCGGCCUUCAAAGCAGCAAUGACUUCAGUCAGAUGGGGAAACCUUUUCUAAUGGGCACAGUGGCUCUGGGAGGGAUCGUGAACGUGAUGCCUUUGCUUUUCUCCCAGAUCUCACACAACAGAACACAGAUCCUGUGGUUUCGAAGAGCGGUUCUUGGUGGUUUGACGACCUGCACCAUCCUCAACAUCCUUUGGUGUUGGGCAGUGUUGGAAAUCGUUCCUCAGACAUCUUUACCUGAGAGGCAUUUGGCAGACGACACAAGCGCACAGCCUGACGCCAGCGGCCCACCUGGAUCUCAUUCCUCCGCCCACAUUCUGCUGCACAGCAACAUCUCAUUAGAAGAGUCUGAAAAAGCUGGAGAGAUUGCAACUAUUCCUCUGACGAAGAUCAUUAAUGAACGUUACAGCGUGUACUCGUGGGUUGCUGAGCUGAUCCAGGUGUUUAUCUCCAUCAGUGUCACUGUGUCCUUCCUGGUGAUGGGAUCAGCCAUGAAACACACCAUCGAUGGUUUAGUGAGCUCACUGUGGAGCAGGAGACUGGAGUGGUUGUCCAAAGCUUGGGAGAGACAUGUGACCAACAAAGAGCACAUCUGCUCAGCAAGGAGUGUCGUCAAAGGAUUUGCAUCAUUGCUUGGAUUUUGUGUCAUCUUCAUUGUGUCAGUGUGUGAUCCCAGGGGUUUCGUGGUCAUUCUGGAUAAAGUGGUGUCGUUCUCUCUCAACACUGAAGUGGGUCUGUUUGUCUUCAUCAUGCUGAGAGAAUCCAGAGAAGAUCGAUUCCAACACCUCGCCAUCCCGCUGCCAGUGGGCGACUGCGUCUUCAGCCUCACGUGGCUCCUCCCCACCUACUUCCUGUUUGCCGUGAGCUAUGACGUGCUGCAGACUCUAGCAGACGUGGCUCAUUAUCUGCAUUUCUUCAGCCACAGUCUGGAAAUACUGGAGCACAACGUGACCCAGAGUUUUACUGCAGGAAAUCUCUCUGUGCUGCUCUGAUCCUCACAAACAUCACCCACGCUCAGCCCUCUUUUUUUUCUUCUAUUCAAACCCCUAAUACAAACUGAAAACUUUGACUUUUUCAAUCUUGCAGCGUAGGAAGCUAAAGUGGGGCCACACCUGAAGGAGGCGCUCUUUCUUAUACGGUGGCAGCGUUCUUCUCUGUCUCACGCUGGCCAGGGUUGCCAGGUUUUUGUGGUGCCAAAGUAAAGAUGACAUGGUGGUGGAGAGCUUCACAGCACAUUGUGUCUUUGUCAGAGGCAUUUCAUAGAUGUUUGGGGGCCUCGGGCAUUAAGCUUCUGUGGGGGCCCCUUUCUUCAUCCAUGUCACUUCUGGUUACACUGUCUCUCUGUGGUUAAAGAUUCCCCUCACAUGCACGCCUGUUUUGAGAAUGUAAGUAGUAGAAAGUACAGAUCCAGAUUUAUGUUCAAAUGUAGGGAGUAAAAGCAAAAUACUUGAAUAAGGUACAUGCAUCUUAAUGCUCUAGUGUGUAACUUUUCGAUAGAAACACAUUUCCCAGUACAGUUGUUUUCAUGUCUGUGGAGACACAGAGUGAAGGCGGAGGCCUAACAGCUGUUGACAGUGUUGACUUCAGGUUAAGGAAUGAACCUGGGUUCUCUGAAACAUGAGGUAAAGUCGUCCUUUCACAAAGCUCUGCAGGUUCACAUGAGAGACAAGUUACACACUGGAGCUUUAAGUAGAGUGGAGAAAAGUACCGAUGGCUGUUGUUACGUUUGAUUUAAAGGGCACUUUCAUAAAAAUUGUGUUCAUUGUGUUCAUGUUGGAAAAGAUUGUUUGUUUUGUUCAUAUAUGAUGAACGUCACUCACAACUGCUGUAAAACUUCUGGAAUCCAGAUAACAGACGAGGAAGGAAGUCAUUUACGUUCUCUUGUUCAGGCCCAUUCAACAAUUUAAGGCACAUUUUCAAAUUUUUAAUUUCCGGUGAUAAAAUUAGGUCACACUAGAAGAACUGGGUGAAGAUCUACCCAACCAGCAGAUAAAUUUGACCCAUGACCUGGCAACCCUGAUCUUCCAUGUGCUUCCACUUGCUGUUCCUGAGCCAACAUAGUUGAAACACUUUGAAGUAAAAUGCAUGUAUUCAUUUAUAAAGAUGCCAAAGCACUGUACACUUCACUAUAUUCAAAUAUCAGAGUAACAAGCACAGGUUUAUUUAAAGGUCUAGUUCAGGAUUGUUUGAAGUGGGUCUGUCACUGUGCUCAGGAAACUAAAGAUUUUAGCCACUUAUCACUUAAGAAUAUAUUAGUCACUUUAUCUCACAAGUGUAUGUACCAGGCACACGUCUGCACCAAAUGUGUUUCCAGACGGAAAAGACCGACUCACGGAGAGGAAAGCAAGUGAUUGAUUUUAUGAGGUGAGUCUUUUGCUAAGCAGCCAAAAUCUAAUUUCCUUGUGUCCCCACUGGCAGCCAUGUUUCUCUACAGCUCAGUCAGUCUCGCCUAAAGAGAAUCUAAUCUUAACUAUCCCUUAAAUUAAUAUUGUACAAUUGAAAUAAAUAAGUAUUUCCUCUCGAA